AUGAGGACAGACCGCCGGGCUUCGCUGCCGUGUCCGGAUACUCUUUCAGCCAUGCAGCUGUCUCGCCUCCACUCGUCUACUCGGGCCCCAGUGACAGCGAGGGUCCUGCUGCGUCGCUCCUCCUCCCGCCGCCUUCUGCCCUCACCGCAGGAGGCUGCCACUCCAGCCCCGGAGCGUAGACCCUCCCUUAUACCCACAAUCCCAGAGGCCAUGGCUCCUGAUAGGAGGAGCCAGUUCAGGAGACGUAAUGUCAUGUCGCUGAGCGACGCAGACAGUGUGUGUCUGAUCUGUCAUAAUGACUUAAGUCGAGGAACCGGCGGCACCAGAGAGCUGCAGUGCACACACACCUUCCACAAAGAGUGUAUAGAGGAGUGGUUGUGGAGAAAACAGUCCUGCCCUACGUGUCAUGUUCAGGUCUCCAUGCCACAGCCUGUCUACUGGAGCUCCACCAGAGUCAAAGUCCCCUAA